AUGGCGGCAUUCCGUUGUAUUUCUCGCGCAUGUCUUGGUUCAGCUCGGCCUACUCUGUGCACUCGCUCUGCUCUCGCCGCGACGCGUCUCGCGCGAGGUCUUGCCACCGCGAAACCGCCCUCUUCGUUUGCUGCGUUAGACACGUUCGUUGACCGCCAUAUUGGCCCAGACGACCAUGACGUCUCCUAUAUGCUCUCGCAGCUCGGUUAUGAGUCCAUCGAUGCGUUCAUAGCGGACACAGUGCCUCCUAAGAUCAGAAUUUCCUCCGCGACAGUGAGCAAUGAGUCCAUACCCUCCCUCAGCGAGUCCGAGUUAUACCGCACCGCGAGAGGCUUGGCCCAUGCCAACAAGCCUUUCAGGAGCUACAUUGGCAUGGGCUAUCACAAUGCGGUAGUGCCGCCGGUUAUUCUCCGCAACAUCUUGGAGAGUCCUGCUUGGUAUACGCCGUAUACGCCUUACCAGCCUGAGAUUGCCCAAGGACGUCUUGAGUCGCUUGUCAACUACCAGACAAUGGUUAUGUCUCUGACGACAAUGGAAAUUGCGAACGCAUCACUUCUGGACGAAGCUACCGCUGCCGCAGAAGCGAUGGUCAUGGCAUAUGCUUCGUCCGGUCACAAGAAGCAUACUUUCUUCGCGGAUAAAGGUGUAUCGCCUCAGACUCUGGCCGUUCUCCAGACGCGCGCGAAUGGGUUUGGUCUCCGGCUUGUUGUAGGAGACGUAUUUUCGAUUACCAAGGAUGAAAAUCUCAUUUCGGACCUUUGCGGUGUACUGGUGCAAUAUCCGGAUGUUAAUGGCAGCAUUAAAGAUUACGGUGACCUGGUCCGAGUCAUGCAUGGUUCGGGCGCAUUAGUUGUGGCUGCGACGGACCUUUUGGCUCUGACAGUGCUCAAGCCGCCUGGCGAAUGGGGUGCUGACAUUGUCCUCGGUAACUCUGCCCGCUUUGGUGUCCCAGCUGGCUAUGGUGGUCCUCAUGGAGCGUUCUUUGCGUGCACGGAUAAACUGAAGCGUAAGAUGCCUGGAAGACUUAUUGGUAGGAGCCGAGAUGUGUACGGGAAGCCCGCGUACCGAUUGGCAUUGCAAACUCGGGAACAGCACAUCCGACGGGAGAAGGCGACGAGCAAUAUCUGUACCAGUCAGGCUCUUCUCGCCAACAUGGCCGCGAUGUAUGCUGUGUACCAUGGUCCCACAGGUUUGCAACGCAUCGCGAGCAAGGUCCACGCGCUUACACAAGUGCUGAAAUCUUCGGUCGAGGCCUACGGUUACAAGGCGAUAAACACAGAUUUCUUCGAUACACUGACGUUCGACGUGAGCGGUGCCGCGAAGGAUGCGGAUGCUGUGCAUUCAGCAGCUUUGGCCUCGAGCAUCAAUUUCCGCAAGGUCGAUGACAAGCUCGUCGGAGUGACCUUAGACGAGAGUGUCAGGCCUGAAGACAUCGUCGACAUCACCAACGUCUUCGCGGCAGCAGCAUCGGCCAAGCCAAUAUCGCUUUCUGUCAUCGCGCCCGUGCAAUCCUCCGCCGUUCCCCAACCCCUUCAACGGACAUCGGAGUACCUUCCCCACCAGGUUUUCAACUCGCACCACUCGGAAACAGAGAUGCUUCGCUACAUCUACCAUCUUCAGUCGAAGGACCUCGGCCUCGAGCACGCUAUGAUCCCCUUGGGCAGUUGCACCAUGAAGCUUAACAGCACGAGCAGCAUGAUCCCUCUGACAUGGCCCGAGUUCGGCAACGUGCAUCCGUUUGUCCCUGCUGAUCAGGUCAAGGGUUACGAACAGUUGAUCAAGGAAUUCGAGUCUGACCUCUGUAAGGUCACUGGCUUCCAUGCUUGCUCUCUACAACCCAACUCUGGCGCUGCUGGUGAAUAUGCUGGUCUGUCGGUCAUCAGGGCAUACCACCAGUCCCGCGGCGAGAGCCAUCGCGAUAUCUGUCUCAUUCCUGUUAGCGCACACGGAACAAACCCUGCUUCGGCUGUUAUGGCUGGCCUCAAGGUCGUGCCCGUAAAGACUCUGACGGACGGCAAUCUAGACUUGGAAGACCUGAAGGCUAAGGCUGAGAAGUACAAGGACAAUCUCGCUGCGUUCAUGAUUACAUACCCGUCGACGUUCGGAGUAUUCGAGCACGGUGUGCAGGACGCUUGCAAGAUCAUCCACGACAACGGCGGACAGGUCUACCUCGAUGGUGCAAACCUCAAUGCUCAGAUUGGCUUGACUAAUCCUGCGACAUGUGGUGGCGAUAUUUGUCAUAUGAAUUUGCACAAGACCUUCGCUAUCCCCCAUGGUGGCGGUGGUCCAGGUGUCGGACCAAUCUGUGCCGCCGAGCAUCUCGCACCUUUCUUGCCCGGCCACCCAGUUAUUGCAACUGGCGGAGAUAAUGCAAUCAACGCGGUUGCAGCUGCACCGUACGGAAGCGCGUCCAUUCUUCUCAUCUCCUGGGCAUACAUCAAGAUGCUCGGUGGUGACGGUCUCGCACAAGCCUCAAAGAUCGCGCUGCUGAACGCCAACUACAUGGCGCAUCGCCUGUCCGCACAUUACAACCUUCGCUUCAAGAACGGCAACGGCCGCGUUGCGCACGAGCUCCUGCUUGACCUCGCUGAGUUCGACAAGGCUGCGGGCAUCAAGGUGAACGACUUCGCGAAGCGUCUUCAGGACUACGGCUUCCACCCGCCUACAUGUUCUUGGCCCAUCUCGACGUGCAUGCUCAUUGAGCCCACGGAGUCAGAAACGUUGCAAGAAAUUGACAGGUUCUGUGAUGCCAUGAUCCAAAUCCGCCAAGAAGUAGAAGACAUCAUCACGAACAAGCAGCCCAAAGACAACAACGUGUUGAAGAAUGCCCCACAUCCUGUCUCUAUUAUCGCCCUCUCUGAAGAGGAGUGGAACCGGCCGUAUUCUCGCCACCAAGCCGCGUAUCCUGUGCCAGGGCUACUGGAGAGGAAAUUCUGGCCCACGGUGUCUAGGAUUGACGAUGCAUAUGGUGAUCUGCAUCUCAUCUGCGAUUGCCCUUCGGUAGAGGAGCUGGCUGCUCCUUCCCCGUGA